AUCCCUAAAUUAUCCAGGAUAAUUUGCGGAUGCUACUUAUGUUCGCUUCUUUCAGCUUUCAAAUUUCCCUUCAUACUCAGAUGAGAGCUGCGAGAGCAAUGUCUGUACCCACCCUCCUUAAAAAGCGUUUUCUUACAGUGACCGAUCUACAAUUAGACUGGUGCUUGGCUUUCAACUACAUGAAAGCCUGUCCUCGUUUAGACAAAAAAUACAUGCCAGAAAAUUACAACAUCGUUGAGAACAAUGAUAUGUGAAGAAAACGCCUUCCUUCAGGCAAAAAAGGUGCAUAACGUGUUGAAUGAAGUUAUGCCCUUGUUUUCAUUAUCUCGUUCUGCGGAUGCACUAACUGCUGUUGGUAUGCCUUCGUUGUUGCUUACGACCUCUCCAUCGUCUCUUAAAGAUUAUGAAACCAAUUUGCAGGUAUGGCUACCUACCAUUUUUCAAUUGUGCGAUACCUUUUCUUUACUGAAGGAUCAUGCCAUUGCUGUAGCACUCACCGAUGUGUGCUCUCGUUUGGCAGCUCGCAGCCUUAACAAUGACUAUUAAUGUAGGUUUUCUGAGUACGGCGUGUUUACACGAGAGCAAACGCGAACUUUGUUUUAAUAUAGUCUUCAGAUAUUGCCGCUUCCAUCAAAAGAAGGAGAACAACUGUCCACAAGGACGAGGAUAUGAACGGAGCGUCAAGAAUGUUAAGAACUUCGGGUCAGUCGGGACUAUCUAAUACAGUCGAUUGGUUAUUUGUUCGCUAAGUCUAAAAUGUGAGGAAAGCAAAGACAGUAUGCUUUCCAUGCUUGAAGACUUAACUUCCCGACCUUUCCAUGAUUCAACCCAUCAUUUUGCAGGUAUGCCUACGAUAUAAUGUUUUCGUCUUUCUUGAAGAGCUGUCACUUCAAUUUCUGAAACGUUGAACUUAUGAAAACGAUGAAAGAGUUGCAAUUCCAAAAGAGAGGCUAUUGACCAAGUUUCUAAAAAAGACUUUUGUGAUUUGAUACCGCCUUUACUUUAUGCUAAUAUACUCUCCGUUAAUCUUUUUUAUUCUCGAAACGGAUGUCGUUGUGCCAUGCGUCUAUCCUGCAUACCAAUCCUUGGACAAAACACCUGACCCAGCUACUACCCUAAAAUCUCUUAUUAUUGCUGAUUCCGGUAAUUGUCGAAUAUUAACGGUAUCGGUCUCAUGUAAUUUCAUUUUUGUUGCUCCUCUGAGAAAUUGAUUCUGAAAACUUUUGAGACGACACAAACAACUUUGCGUUUCAUCACUAUUCUUUCCCAGUAUGUCUCGUUUUACAUCAUUGCGAAGUAAUCAAUGCAAUUGAAGGUCACAUACUCUAUCAUCGUUGAUAUUGCAACAUGCACUCUCUCUUGUUAUUUUGAAUUUUCCCAACUUCUCCGCAUCAGCACACUGCAAUUUCGAAACUGCGUAUAGCAAGAAUGUCGGUAAUGUCGAUAAUGUACUAUAUACGGAUAUCUAAUGAGGGUGAUUUUUUUCGAUCGCGUUAUUUGAUUUUAUACUUGAUAUUUAUAGCGUCCGUUUGGCUUAUUCGGUUGAAAGAAAAAAGAGAAAUGCUGUUUUUCCUUAGUAGAGAGGUAAAAGGGUACCAUUAUUUUCUUAACAGAAAACUACAUAAAUGAAGUGAACUCUUUUAUUUAUUUAAGGAAGUCCUAAUAGAUCAUGGAGGGUUACGAAGAAUGUGAUGUGCUUAAACAACUGUAGUAAUUGCAUCCUAAUAAUAUUUGAGAACGUGACCUACGUUAGUGAUCAUGAAGCUUUUGACUUUGG